AGAUGACUACUUUGGAGUUUCGGCAUUAUAAGAAAAGCCCCACAGCGAAGGGCCUUAUUGUACUCGCCUCCGAUCACGUAGGGGUCGGAAUGAAGAGCAACAUUGUUGAGUUCCUCUCGACCAACCCCGCAAGUGACGGUUGGGAUAUUACCGAUGUAGGACCUCACGAUACGACCCGGUGCGACUACCCAGACUAUGCUAGUAUUGCUGCCGAGCAGGUUCUUGCGAAGCAUAAACAAUAUGAGCGAAAACUUGGAAUAUUGAUCUGCGGCUCUGGCAUUGGGAUUUCUAUUGCGGCGAAUAAAGUCAAGGGAAUUCGAUGUGCUCUGUGUCACGAUCAUUUUACUGCUGUCAUGGCGAGAAGGCACAACGACGCGAAUAUGAUCGCACUCGGGGCAAGAACGACAGGUCCGGAUGUGGCAAACGAAAUGGUUGCUGCAUUUUUAACUACGGCAUUUGAUGGCCAGCACCACGUCGAUCGCCUUGCAAAGCUGCAUUCCCUAGAAGGAUGUAGCUACGGAUCCAGUUAAAGAUUGAUUAAAUCUUCGUGAAUAGCAUUCAGUCGGCAGCCCUAUGUAUCUUAUUGUGACUGUGCUCAGCAUUUAUAGUAUAGCACCAGAAUCUGAUCGCCGAUGUUGUAUUAUACAAGUAUGAAUUAGUAUCUACAAUUAUGCAAGCCCAUUCUCGGGGCGUACCCCCA